GAAGGUGGCGGUAAUGUGCUAAUCCAGUCAAACGAGAAGUGCGGUACGUCAUCAACAGGCGACACGAUAGCAUCCUUCUAGACCCGAAGCAGUAUCGUUAUUCAACAAUAACAAGCUAGGGCUUUACAUAAGUAUUCAGACUAGUAUAAUCAUCCGACAUUUUUAAGCAACGAUAGGCAAUUUGGCUUAAGUAUUUCGGUUGUAGAUUAAACUAGUGCAUGAAGAGCAGAAAUGGCAACAAUGGCGGACUGUGUUGGUUAUCAAUUGCAAAUAGCUUCGAUAAUGGAGGUGCUAGCCAAUUCGGCGGUGGUCGAGAUCUGCAAAAUUGUUGAUGAUGGUUAUUCCUCUCUGCGUUCCCAAAUGGAGCAGGAAAGAGUGCAAAUUGAGAGGGAGAGAGAGCAAACCGAGAAAGAGAAAUAUGUGCUCCGACGAAAAUUACGCGAAAUGGACGUGAAGAUGCGGAGCUAUGAGCGAAGACUCAGAAGACGCGAUCUACGGAAUGAAAUGCAUGCAGUUAAUUUGAGACCACAUGAAGUUUCAGUGUCUUCAAUUGCCAUGCCAGUGAGUAAUGACCAGGCCCGAGGCCCCCUGGCUACAAUCGAGGACCAUUCACAAUACCACCACAUGCCUCAGGAAGACAGAACUGCAUUGUCCCUAAUCAAGCAGGAAAGAGUGGACAGCUGUGGCGUGGACCUGAAGGUAGAACAAAACAUCCGCUCAGAGAGUAGACCCACUGUUCCAGAACCCAACGACGAUGACAGCGAGAGACAUAACAUGGCUGACACUCACAGCUCGCCCACUGCAGCCACAGAGGACCCCACUGAGCCCACUAGGACCAGUGGAUCCGAAGCUAACCUCAAGUCAGAGAUGGGGACAGAGGGUGUGAACCAGAGACCCCAGCAGCCAACAGGACCAGAUCUCAGCACAGAGCUACUGAAUAGCCCCGGUUUGGAUCUGGCUCUGAUGCAGGAGAGGGUCCUGGGGCAUCUGGGGCUUUCCUUGGCCCAGGCAGCAGCCGCAAACGCAGAGGCUGCCGGGCAUCCAUCUUGCUCCUACCAAACCCAGGCUGACGUAGAGAGCCAGUCCAGACAGUUCCCCGGCAGCGACAUGGGCGUCUUCGCCCCCUUUGACAUGACAGCUCCUCCUCCUCCCGCACCCCCAGCGAAUCAGAGGCAGCCGCAUGGAGCCACGACGACGAACGAGCCAAUGGGCUGUAACUUCUGCGGCCGCAUCUUCCACAGCCAGGCGUCCCUGGAGGUGCACCAGAGGGUCCACACGGGACAGCGGCCGUUCAGCUGCCCACACUGCGGCAAGUCAUUCGCGCAGCCCAACAACCUCCGGGUGCACCUGCUAAUCCACAGUGGCGAGAGGCGGUACCGGUGCUCGAUCUGUGGGAAGAGUUUCAUUUCGUCAAGUCACCUUAAGAGACACAGGACCGUUCACACCCAGGAGAAACCCUACAUCUGCUCUCGGUGCGGCCAGUCCUUCACUCAACUCUGCAGCGUCCGGAGACACAGACAGCAGUCGCGGUGCGGCGAGCCACCUCACGCUCAAAACGAACUUUCUGCUUGACUGUAGAAAAGGUGUUGUACAGUACGCGUGUGUGUUAGCUGUAUCUGAAGUGAUUUACAAUAGCUAUAGGUUUCCUGAUCAAAACGAUUCGCCUUUUAGUCUCUUGGAUGAUAGGUCCACAGAUAGAAGUUGAGAAAUGUAUGUUGUUAACUCUAAAUUCAUAUUUACCUAAAGAUGACACUGUCAUUAGCUUUAUGUGACUGUUUAGUACAAUACAUCCCGUCUUACCUUGGUCAUAAGGUAAGAUAGGGGUUGUCCCUGGGAAAGGCUUGUUUUUAGAGUAGUACUUUAUUGAUCCCAACUUGGGACAUGGUUUUAUUUUACCACUAGAAGAAGUCCAGGAGGACGAAGCAGGACAUUACGGAGCCAGUGGAUUGGACUGAGCCCUCGUCUGGCAUGGCUGUCUUCACUGUGUGACUGAAUCACAGGGAUGAACGAUGCAACUAAUAAAACGUUUUCCUGCAUGUCUUGAAGGAGUUUGCUGACAGGGUCAUUUGAGACCAAUGCACGUUCACGUGCUUGUCGGAACUAGGAAACGCUGAAAUUAAUGACUUGCUAAUUGGCUCUAGUUAUCAUAGGUGUUUAUACACUUGCUGCGCUGAACCAGUUAGCAAGUCGGAAAUGUUUAAGUUCCGACUAGCACAUGAACGCGGCAAUACUGAGGUAUAACACAGGUGAGAAGCAGUUUACACAGGCAACCCAAUUCUGAUAUUUUUCUCCAAAUUGGUCUUUUGACCAAUCACAUGAGAUCUUUUCACAUACAAUCUUUUUCAGAGCCGAUCUGAUUUGUUAAAAGACCAAUUAGUUGGGGGGAAAAGAUCUGAAUUAGGCUGCCUGUGUAAACACAGCCGUUGAAAUGCACAGUGCGUGGACAGUUUACACAAUCAGGUAUUGCAAGAGAAGGGUUAAUACAUGACAGAGGAAGUGAAGGUUUAUGCUGUCAAAUCAAAUAAAUGUCAAUUAAAUUAAUGGGGAAUGGCCCCCUGGAUAGCUUU